GUGGGUGAAUGAAAUGAACAAAAUGGCAUCACUAGGAAAUGGGGGUGGUGAGGUAUGGAGAGCUCAUUGUGCAAUGGCUUUGGUACAGCUUGUUAAUGGUGGUUACCAUGUGAUUACCAAAGUGGCUCUUAAUGUGGGCAUGAAUGAAAUUGUGUUUUGUUUGUAUAGAGACCUUCUUGCUAUAUGCAUUCUUGCCCCUGUCGCCUAUUUCCGUGAAAAGAGGUCGAGGCUUCCUCUGAAUAAACGGCUUCUACUGUCAUUCUUCAUUCUAGGAUUAACUGGUAUUUUCGGUAACCAACUGCUGUUCCUUGUUGGUCUUGGCUACACAAACCCGACUUAUGCUGCUGCUUUGCAACCUGCAAUACCAGUCUUUACGUUCAUACUUGCUGUACUUAUGGGUACAGAAACCGCGAAGCUUCUUACUGUGGAAGGUCAGGCAAAGGUUGGAGGUACCAUUGUUUGUGUUUCUGGGGCGAUUUUGAUGGCUGUAUUCCGUGGUCCAGCGGUGUUUGGAGAAGGCACAUCAGACUUCACAGCACAAAUUGAGAUAAGUGCUAAGGGUCAACCAGAUCCUGCUGGACUGCUAAUGUCUAGUCUUCUGGAGUUGGGAUUUGAUAAUUGGCACCUCGGCGUCUUAUGCUUAAUAGGAAACUGUAUGUGCAUGGCAGCAUACUUAGCUAUUCAGGUUCCAGUUUUGGCAAAAUACCAGACAAGCUUAUCGUUGACUGCAUAUUCAUACCUUUUUGGUGUUCUAUUAAUGAUAGGGACGUCAAUCUUUGUGACUAAUGGAUCAACGGACUGGUUUUUGACACGAUCUGAAGUCGUCGCUGUGUGCUAUGCUGGAAUUGGUGCAUCAGCGCUGAACUAUGGACUUAUGACAUGGUGCAAUAAGGUUCUUGGCCCUGCUUUAGUUUCUCUAUACAAUCCGCUUCAACCUGCUGCAGCAGCAAUUUUGUCUAGUUUUUUUCUUGGGAGCGCUAUUUAUAUGGGAAGCAUUUUGGGAGGACUUCUCAUUAUAGCUGGGCUUUAUUUAGUAACUUGGGCAUCUUACAGUGAGAGGCAGGCUGUCAUGGGAACUGUUCCUCAUGCUCCUCGGAUUACGGAUCCCUUAAUCCCAUGUCAGAUAGGACACACAUUCUCUGUUCCUUCUUCCUCAAUGCCAAAGAUCUGUCAUUAGAUAUUGCUACCGAUAUCAUUUGCAUGUAUGUCCUUUUCUUCAUCUUCUUCAUGAUGGUAUGUAUAGUUCACUCCUAAAAAGAACGAUAAAUAUGUAUUGCAGUUCUAUCAAGUUUCUUUUUCUUUCCCAAAAAGGAAACUCUUCCUGCAGAAGUAUAUUCAGGAACUCAAGGGAAAAAUCUCGCUCCAAUCUUUUUACAAAGUCACCAACCUUAGGAGCAAUUACACAUUAUUUAUUUUGAUUCAAUCCAAAGAAGCAGAAUAAUGAACAAAUGAGCCUUCCAAAUAGACAUCAAAAGACUAACAUGGGGCUUAUUAAGGUAAGCUCAAUAAAUCCAAAGACCAUCUGCAAUUAUAAGCCCUUCUUUUAUGAUUUAUGUAAUAUAAUGAUAGCAAGGAUUAGACAGCACAUACAUUCACAUUCCCACAGCUUAACUUAUUAAGGGGAACAUUUAUAAAGACCAGUGGGACUAUAAUAUAAGAGAGCAAGUUAAUUCAUAUAGUGUUGACUGCCUAUGGGCUAUGAGUACCAGCUUAUAAGUCCCAACUUAAAAAAGAAAAGAAAAAUGAGAGGUCCUAUUCAGGGAUCCUUACAACAGUCGUCUAUCGCAAAAGGUAAGAGGUCCCAAGCUUUGAUAUUACUGAGAAACAGCAGGAACUGGAGCGGGGAAUAAAGUGCUUCUAGAGUAACCCUAAUAUCUAUCUUCAUUGUCUAGUUGUGUGAUCGCAUUUCAAUACAGAAGCUAACAACACAAGCAUCCCAACAAUAAAGAAUAAGCACCCACACAAGCAUACUGGCAACUCUUGAUACUCAUUUCAGGAACCAAAAAGAAGUUUAUUUCCUUCGAUCACCUUGCAACAUAGUAAGCUUCAAUGUGUCUCAAUCUUUUCUAAUACAAAAAAGAAUGAGAAAUUAUACUAAUACUGUUUUUACAUCUUAACCAAGUUGCACUUCUCGUGGGUCUUGUGUUUGUCCUCUGUGUCGAUCUAAACAUAAAAUAUAUAGGAUAACCAUGAACCAUACGACCAUGUACUUGAAUCCAGAUAAGAAAUACUUCUGAAUAAACGAUAAAUAGUAGCUUGUAUGUCAAUAAAUCUGGGAAAAAUGGUUGUUUGCAACAUCGUAAGCUGUACUCCAUAAUAUGACUGCAAUAUUUGGGCAGAUGAGUAAUGCUAACUUAUAAAUAGUCAUUGAAGUACUCAAUUUUUUUCUAAAGUGACAAAGUUUUCAAGAGGCAGUUAGUCAGUUCCCUUUUCUGUCAAUUAGACAUUGUAUCCAAUAUAUUGGAUGUACCCGAAGGGGCUAUCUAUAAGACAUCAUAACUUUUUCUGUCGAUUAGACAGAGCUCUCAACAGAAACUCAAGCACAUUUUGUUUCCUGAGAUGAUACGGAUUUCAGAGAAAAUUUGAUAGGCUAUUUCUCAUCCCAAACAAUAAGAAAAUGGCAGUCUAUAUUCUAAGAGUAUCAACCAAAUUUAGACAUAUAAGGCCAAAGGAUUUCACUUUUAAAGGUAAUCAAACCUACAUCACAAACCCAAAGAACUUGAAUCACCAAAAAAGUGGUACUUUGCCCCUCCAAUUUCUUUUCCGUUUCUAAUCCUACACAUGCAUUUUCUUUCUUAAAGUGUGGCCAUUUACAUUAGAGCUCACUACUUAGAACCUAGCACACUACUAUUAUAUAUGAUUCAUUAACUAUGGCCUUGUUACAUGACCUUGCCACUCUAAAGAGUAUUAGUGAUAUUUACAUUUUGUCAUUUAUAGGUAUGAUAUAAAUUAUGUUAUCCUGGGCCAGGAUUAUGAUUAAAAAAAAAAAAAUGAAGAAAGGGGCAGAACCUUACAGAUGCUUUAAAUACAGAUCAGUUGCGAACAAACAUAAACAAAUGCCCGGUAAAAAGAUGAACGACAUUAAGCCAUGCAAAAAGUGGGUAAUUACAAGCAACACUAUUUAUCGAUUAAUUCACCAGCGGAGUAGAGGUUGGCCAUCUUGAACUACGGUUGACUGAUUAAGCUGCUGGUAGAAAUACAACAAUCUUUUACAUAUCAACCUAGGUAGCGAAGACAGACACGAGCAAACCAAAUGUAUGGUUACUACAUUGAGUGGGAAAGAAGUAUUAAAACUUUCUUUGCACAGAUCUACUUCAACUGUUACAUUUACACAUCAUUACAGCAAACGAUGCUCUGCUUCUCACUUGGGACUGAAUGC